ACAAUGGGGCUCCUCUGGGGAGGGGGGAGGGAGAGUGAAAGAGGAGCUCAACUCUGGCUGCCAGGCCAUCCUGGGUGCUGCAGGAAGCAACAUGACUUAGGGACCUCUGCCCAGAGGUGCACCAGCUGUGAUGCAGCAGCCUCGAGUGGAGACAGAUGCCAUCGGGGCCGGCGAGGGGCAGCAGCCAGGGGUGCCCUGGUCCACCUGGGUCAACCGGCAGGACUGGGUGCGCUGGUGCUCGUACCAUGUGCCCCAGAGCUGGACCCAGUGGUGGGCCACGUCGACCUGGCGGCAGCCGCUGCAGCGCGUGCUGUGGAACCUGGAGGGGAUCCUCUACCUGCUGCUGGCACUGAUGCUGUGCCACGCCCUCUUCACCACCGGCUCCCACCUGCUGAGCUCCCUGUGGCCUGUGGUGGCCGCGGCAUGGCGCCAUCUGCUGCCCGCUGUCCUCCUGCUGGUGCUCAGCGCCCUGCCGGCCCUGCUCUUCACCGCCUCCUUCGUGCUGCUGUUCUCUACGCUGCUGAGCCUGGUGGGCCUCCUCACCUCCAUGUCUCACCCAGGCUACGCUCAGGACUUGGACCAAUAGAAGGGCAACCC